GUUUCAAUUUGGAGAGAAUAUCCUCAUGAAUCGCCGAGGAAAACCACACGAAGGUUUCUUCGUUUCACACGGAGAACCCAUGGAAUUUCUUCGAGCUUUUGAUAGCAUGUAAUGUAAAUGAAUUGCAAAUUAUUCCAUUGUUUCCUUAAGCGACGGUAUUGAGAAAAAUGCGGAGUAUCGCUGCGAUUUUUAUUCUGGCAGUUGUUGCAGGCUGUUCCGCGGAAAUCUAUUUUGCAGAAUCUUUCGACGAUGGGGAAAACUGGGCAAAACGUUGGACGAUCGCAAAUCGAGACGGAUAUGGAUCUUUCAACUUGUCCCAUGGAGACAAAUUUCUCGACGACAUCGUUGACAUUGGAAUCCGCACCACGGAAGAUUUUCGGCACUACGCCGUUUCUGCCAAAUUUUCGCCCUUCUCCAACGCUGGUCGGGAUUUCGUGUUCCAGUUCAACGUGAAGAAUGAGCAAAUAAUGCGUUGCGGGGGAAGUUAUUUAAAGUUGCUCAGCUGCGGAUUUGAACAGAGUGAAUUCGGACCGGACACGGAAUAUCUCGUCAUGUUCGGGCCAGAUAUCUGCGGGCCGGAACACCGCCGAUUGCACGUGAUUUUGGCGAAACGCGGCUCCAAUUUCCCGCUGAAGCGACAUCUCAAGUAUCCAUUGGACAAGCUUACGCAUCAGUACACGUUGAUUUUGCGACCUGACAACAGUUUUGAAGUCUUGAUUGACAAUCGGAGGGUUGAACGAGGAACGAUUGAUCAGGAUUUCGGCAUUCUUCCACCCAUGAAAAUCGAUGACCCAGAAGCGAAGAAACCCGAAUUGUGGGAUGACCGAGAAUUUAUUGAUGACCCGUCGUCGCUGAAGCCCGAAGAUUGGGUAGAAGAAAAGUAUGUUCCCGACCCUGAUGCCCUGAAGCCCGACGACUGGGAUGAAGCCAUUGAUGGGAUUUGGGAACCUCCCAUGAUUGAGAACCCGGUCUAUCAGGGUCCUUGGACCCCACAGCAGAUGAAGAACCCGGCAUAUGAUGGGAAAUGGACCCCACCGAAGAUCCCCAAUCCGGAGUACGAACCGGAUUCGACUUUGUACACUUUUCCGGAAAUUUGUGCGGUUGGACUGGAAGUUUGGCAAGUUGAAGCUGGCUCAAUUUUUGACAACAUCCUGCUGACGGACGACGCCAACCUUGCCAGAAAAUUGGGAGAGGAAACCUGGCGCCCUAGGAUGGAACGCGAACGCGAAUUGAAUGACGAAGCUGAGAAGCUGCAGGAAGAACUCGAGGGCAAUUUUGACAAUGAAGAAGACUCCAUGAACCUUGACCAAGAAAUGUCUGAAUUCCAAAGCAUGACCCGAGGUGAACCCGUAAAAGCAGAGGGUGAGGGAGAUGAUGAGACACAGGAAGAAUCCCAGGAGCAAGCUAAGGAAUGGGGUCUGGAGGACAAACCUGACCUGACUGAGGCUGAAGAUACCCAGCAACCCGAGUUUCCUGAUUUUGAUUACCCCAUUGGCGAAAAGCCCAAGGGAGCCAAGGAAGAACUUUGAAUAUGAAGGAAAUCUCUCGCGUUGCCAGCGAAUGAAAAUAUAAAACUUAGAAAAACAAAUUUUUGAAGCAAACCGGAACAAAGCUUUCUCAAAAAAAAGGAAUACGCAUUUCUUCGUUCGCUUUUUCACUCGUGUCUUGCGUAAUUUUUAUAAUAUUUCCUUUUUUAUUCAUAGUCAGUGUCUGACCUGAAUUAUUCGUUUUGUUUCUCUUUGAAAGGAUCACGAAGCGUUUGCAUCGGAUUGAGCCGUUUUUGGAGCCCCUGAUCAAGGAUUUGUUUCAAUUCGAAACGUUGACGAACAGGGGGACGGAAUCUGCGGGGUGUUUAAGCAGUGAUUUUUUGUAUUUCUACAUUUAUUCGAAAUCUUUCCGCUUUUUUAUUAUGCAGGUUCGUGUUCAGUGAGAUAGAAGAUGGAAGUGUGCGCGAAGAAAACUUUGAUAGUGUUGGGCUCCGGCGGCCAUACUUCUGAAAUGAUGCGGCUUGUGACGGCUUUGGACAAGAAGAAGUACAACCCUCGGGUCUAUUUGGUGGCUUUGACCGAUCCUCGGAGUGCUGAGAAAGCUCUGGAGUAUGAACGUCCACGUCGAGAUAGUGUGGUUCAUGAAGGUGGUGAAAACCGUGUGACUUCACUCAGCCCUGGGAAGCUGGAAGACGAAAUCAAAUAUGGCGAUCUAAAGAAGAGAAGAGUGUCCGUUUACGGUUCUUUACACACUCCAGAUUAUUCCAUCCUACUUACUCCAAGAGCCAGGGAAGUUGGCCAAUCUUACAUUUCUGCUGUAUUCUCGACUCUUUACGUCCUAUUUUGGUGUAUCCCGUUUUUAUUGAGGGAAAGACCGGAAGUAAUUUUGGCGAAUGGUCCAGGGACAUGUUUACCAGUGUGCUGUGUAGCUUGGUUAAUGAGAUUAUUUCGUCUGUUAACUUGCAGGAUUACAUUCAUUGAGAGUAUAUGUAGAGUUAAAUCACUUUCGUUAAGUGGAAAGUUGCUUAGGUGGUUUACAGAUGAUGUGAUAGUACAAUGGCCAGAAUUAAAAGAUAUUUAUCCUUCGGUAACUUAUUUGGGGAAAGUUGUAUAACUCCCUCUACCCGUUUUAGGAAGAUUAUUAUAUAUUCGUCACAUAGAGUUGAUAUAUUCUGUGCUUUGAUGAUUUAAAAAGUUUUUACUAUUCAGAGAUAUGCAGAUUCUUCUUCUAAACGAAAUUUUCAAUAUUGAAAAUUUUAAUUUGCAUUCAACUGUUCACCUGUCCCAUCUUAGUAAAUAAUAGUUAUUUAAAUUAUUGGAGAAAAUUUAAUGUAGCUCUCUGAAGGAAAUAUAUUAAUUUGACAGGCGAACUUAUUCCUGAGUUGAAUGACACAUUCCCCUAAAUGUUUGCAAAAUUUAUCUUUGAAUGUCACAAACUUAGAAUGUACUGUAUGUUACCACCUAUUGUGAGAAGCACCGAAUGUGAUUAAACCAAAUUUUUGUUAAGCAGUAUAUUAUCUUUUCUUCAAAAGAAUCCCUAGAAAUACAAUAUGUUCCAAAAUUGUGUCAAAUAACUGAAUUGCAAUACGUACAACCUCUUCAAGAGACAACUGCAGCGGAAUUCCGUACCAAUGGGUUGGAAUGAUUUUUUGCCUUUUUGCGAAUUUCAUUCAAUCCUUCGGCAACCUUUUCCGAAAAUGAAGUUCCUGAGAAGAAAGAAAGCAACAUUAUUCUAAAUGAACGUACAUUCUUGCCAAAUAACUAAAGAACUUACCACUUUUAACCAGCGCCUCAGUGAGAGUCAAGCAGUUACAAAUAAUCUCGGGUGCGAACUUGUCUUCCGUCACAAUGGCAACCAGUCUCUGAACAACUCUUCCAUCUUCAAUCCCGAUAAGUACUUGGACACCAACCUCUCCCAGAAAGGAGACCAUCACAUUCAGAGCUACCACAGCUUCGUUAACCAUCACAGCGUGUUCACUUGACAACAAAUGCACCAAUGGUGGAAUCCCGUUUGCUUGCAGUAACGAUGUAAGUAACCCCUUCACAUUCUUCUCAAUGGCUCUUUCAUGGUCUUUCUGUGGUAGGGAAAACAAGAGGGGGGGGUGGUUAGUUCUAGUAAGAUUUUCUCAUUUUAUGACCACUAAAUUAUAUUCAUGUUAAAUCGUGGAUGAAAGACGACAGUUCUCACUGAAGUGCAGCUGAAAGAUUCUAACAAUUAGUUUUAAAUAAUUUUAUUAAAAUUUUCUGAAUUGACUUGGAUGUUCUCGGAAUACAAAUUGUUACGGCAUAUGAUUAUUGCUCAGAAAAAAUAUUCUUUGGCAAACAAGAAUUCAGCCCUGUUGGCGUGGCGUGUUUAGCAAGACAAAACUGUCUUGCUAAAGUCUUCCUGCUAUUCAAUUGAAAGAUGAGGCGCUCAUUUUUUUUCAAUUUUCUGAUGUAGUUCAACUUCAGAAUUUUUGAAAUCGACAUGGCAUUCAUUCCAAAGAUUGGUCUCCAGGUUAUUGGUCUCCAGGUUUUCCGAGGUUAUUACGCCUUUUUCACUAGCAGCCGCUCAAUUAUAAUUGCAAAUUUUCUGUUGAUGAAAAUGGCGGAAUUGAUGUCGAUUCCAAGAAUUCCGCAAGAGAAGUUGGACUACACAAGAUAAUUUGCGAGAUGGGUGCCUCAGCCUUUAAGUGAAGAGUAAGAAUACUUCUGCAAACUUUUUCUAAUUUUAAACAGGGCUUGAUUUUUGUGUGUGCAAAAGACUGUUUCUCCCAAAUUAUAGUAUCAAUUUCUAUCUUUAGAACAUUUGUUGAACUCCUCAUAUCUUCUACAUGGUAGCAAAUAUUUAUUAAAAAAAAAAUGCUUGAAUACCCGAAAGACAUUCAAGCUAAUGUAAAAUUUAAUACCCUUCAGGCAUACAUGAAUAAAAACGGUGCUAAGCUAACAUUCGAAUUUCUUUCGCUCUCGAGUUUUUUCUCGCAAUACUAAGAAAACAGGUCUUCACUUGGAAAAACCCUGUUCAAGAAAAACAAUUAAGAAAGUGACUCACGUGAAUACUCUUCAAAAUGGUCGCAAGAACGCGUUCGGCCUCGGACUGAACAUGUACCACCAGUUCAAAGUUGGUCCAUUUGAUGAGGGACUUCAGAAUGUCCGCAUCUUCAAGGAUACAAGCGAAAUACUUGAGUCCCGCAGAGUCGAUCAAGAGCCUCAGGCAGGAGCAGACUUUGAACACAACAUCCACAGACUCAAAUUGCAAGAAUGGCGCCAACGUGGCAAUGAGAUCAUGUUCGAGAAUAGUCCCGCGGUUUUGGACAGAUACGCAAAGAUUCCUGCAGAAAAUACACCAUUCAUCAUUUUUUUUUCUUCAGAAUUUCAAAAAUGUGAUUAAAACAUUUUUCGGGCCUUUCAAUAAAUGUUGUAGGCAUUACACGUUACUGGAGGUAACGUUUGAUGACAACUUUGAAAAUUCCCACAUAUUUUUGAGGUAAAUACAAAUCGAUUGUACCAGAG